GCUUAUCUACCGCAGCUCAGGUGAACGAUCGACAUCAGCGGACGAAUAUCGCUUGUGUUUAUUUUUUUUAAAUUGCAGUUUUUCAUACUUUCCAAAUGAACGGGAAAAUACUUUUCACGCUCACCCUUCUAUUUGGGGUGUCUCAUUGUGAGAGACUGAAUCGCCAUGUCAGACAUUAUGAACUCCUUAGCUACAACACUCAUGAGUUACAUGCUAAGCAUGAACGAUCCAGACGAUCGGUAGAUGCCUUGCAAGAAGUGGAACUUGACUUUGAGGCACACGGAAGACCUUUUCAACUGAGGCUUCGUCAAGGAGCUCCAUACAUAGCUCAUAAUCUCAUACUAGAAACAGAUGAUGGUGCUGCACCCUACAAACCAGAUUUCCUCUAUAUUGGAAACUUAAAAGAUAAGCCCAAGAGUAAGGUUCAUGGAGGUAUCACCAAUGGCAUGUUCCAAGGUGUCAUCUAUGACGAGGAUGAUGAGUAUCAUAUAGAACAAGCCAAGUACCACCUGGAUGAAGCCAGUCUCCCGGACGCAGAAUCUCAUUCGGUCAUCUACAAAGCCUCUGACGUGACACACCCUGAUAAUGGAGGGUGUGGCCUUAAUGAUCGGGUGUCUAAAUGGAUGAAUAAGAUCCAGAACUCCAGAGUCGACAACGACAAUAAGAGAGAGAAAAGGGAAGCCAACGUCAACUGGCAAAACGUCGCUCAUGGAGCCUCAGAGAACAAAUACACAGCACCCGAGCGGACCAGACGUGCCGUAUACAACAGUGAAAAUAAAGCUUGCAGUCUGUAUCUUCAGGCCGACCACACCUACACGGCACAUUACUCCAAUGAUGUGUCAGAGGUCAUUCUCAACCUCAACAACCAUGUUUCAGCUAUCAACGCCAUCUAUAUAGACACAGAAUUUGCCCAUCCAAACUACGAAACUAUCAGAGACAUCAAUUUCUUUAUCAAGAGAAUCAGGGUUAAUGGUACAACCCAACAAGCUGAUGCUUCCAAUCCCUUCCGCUUCCCUAACAUUGGUGUCGAGAAAUUUCUGGAACUCAACUCACUGCAGAACCACGACGAAUACUGCCUAGCCUACCUGUUUGCAGACCGAGACUUCAACGAAGGUGUUCUGGGUUUGGCCUGGGUUGGCUCUACUGGAAGUACAUCUGGCGGUAUCUGUGAGAAGAGUUCUAAUUUCCAAGGCGUCUAUCAGAGUUUGAAUACCGGGGUUGUCACCAUCCAGAACUAUGGUUCCACUGUAGCAAGCAAAGUCUCACACAUCACAUUCGCUCAUGAGCUUGGUCACAACUUUGGCUCUCCUCAUGACUACCCUGAACGAUGCCGGCCAGGUGAUAAUCCUAACACACGAAGCGAUGGUAACUACAUCAUGUAUGCCAGCGCUACGUCAGGAGAUAAGCGUUUCAAUGAUGAGUUUUCAGACUGCAGUAUCGCCAACAUGACCGCCGUCAUCAGGGAGAACGGAGGGUGUUUUGAUCGGAGCGACCUUCCCAUCUGUGGCAAUCUGAUUGUAGAUGGAGAGGAGGAGUGUGAUUGUGGAUAUGAAGACCAGUGCGAUGACCAAUGCUGUACAGCAGCUACAUGCAUGCUAACACCAAACGCAAUGCAGUGCAGUCCUUCCCAAGGGCCAUGCUGUACAUUAGGUUGUCAGUUUGCUAAUGUUACAUUGUGCAGGGCUCAGUCAGAAUGCAGUAUUUCGUCAUACUGUACUGGUUACAUGGCAGGCUGUCCUGCUUCUCAACCUAAGGCUGAUGGUACAGAGUGUAAUGAGCACACACAAGUCUGUGAAGCUGGGGAAUGCCAGAAAUCAAUCUGCACUAAAUUUGGUCUGGAAGAAUGUUUCUGUGCUAAUGCUGAAAACACUGAACUCGAUGAAGCAUGCCAUCUCUGCUGCCAGAAUCCAAAUAGUUCUGCUACCUGCCUCUCUAGUCGUGACAUUGGUGUGAUGCAGGACCAUGUCCGAAUGUACGGUAAGGAUGCGCAAGAGGGCACCACCGACGUCAAGGUCCUGUAUCAGAUGCCGGGAGCUCCGUGCAACGAGUACCAAGGCUACUGCGAUGUCUUCUAUAAGUGUCGCAACGUGGACUCCAACGGCCCACUCUCCAGACUCACCAACGCAAUCUUAAACCCUGAACUGUACUCCAACAUUGCCGCAUGGAUACAGGCCAACUGGUGGGCUGCAGUGCUGAUUGUCCUCGGAGUCAUCAUCUUCAUGGGUCUCUUCAUUAAAUGUUGCAGCGUCCACACUCCAAGCAGUAACCCUAACCUCCCUAAGGCUCGUAGUGUACCCGGGGCAGCCACCCUGAGACGACGACGUUCACAAGGGGCUCGACCCGCUCACUCCGACAUUCCAAUGGCAUAACGCAUCAGCAAUAUAGAGCACUUAAUAGUCAAGAAUUUUACGUCAUUCAUUUCUAGGUGUAGGUUAACUCAUCAGAGACAACUUUUUCUUAUGGGCUCAGGAAUGAAUGUUUUAUACUCCUGAAGAUUUAGAAUUAAAUGAUAAAUCAAUGAUUGAUCCACAGGGUGUGCAGUAUUUUCCAUACCCUUUCGUAGCAACAAACCUGUUUGAUAUAAAUUUCAUGACAAGUGUUGUUGUUACUUCUACUUCUACGACGAUACUCAGCAGGAUCCAUAAGUCAGGAUGUAGUGCUGAGGAAUGUUAUUUUUAAUACUCAAAAUCAUCUUACGAUGGAAUAUGUGUUGUGAUAUUUCAUUCCUUCGGGUACAUUGCUAAAUUGAUUAUCUUUUAUAUAACUUGACGAGUGCUGAGCAGUAGCAUGGUCUGGUUCAAACCCAUUGGAGAUGUCUUGUUUGGAGCCGAAAGGGCAUUAACUCACUGUUCAAGGAUAGUUGGUGACCUUUUAUGACCUUUAACCCUUGUUCAGGGGGUUAAUUGAUUCAACCUUUAGUGACCUGUAGGUUUUUGUCCUGAGCUGAGACAGGAGCCGACUCUUUGCUCACUCAGCAUUGGUUUGAAAGUUAUCUCACAGUGUGAUAAAUCCCGUAAAUAAGCUUUUUAUUGAUGAGUUUAGCAUGCAUUCUUUAUCAGAGUUUUACCCCCACCAUAGUCUCUUAACAAGGGGCCAGUGUCAAGAAUUACAUCUACAUUGCUCGUGUAGUGUGCUGGAGAAUGCUGUUCCGUUGAUCAGACUCCUCAGCAGUGGGUAUACUUAUCUCUCUGAUCAGAUAAUAAUGGAUACUACAUGUAUCAUUCAUUUUAUCACCCAAGAAUUAAUGACACUUUCCAGGUGAUAUAAGAGAAUUUCAAUUUAAAAGAGACUAUGGCUGCAGUGAUUUUUCUUUCCCAUUAGCACAACAUGGAUUAAUGUUGAGGUUUUGAUGAAUAAAUGCAGUGACCCACAAUCGAAGCAUUCUCAACGCGAAUAUUCAGAAAACCAAAUAAAAUGAAAUAAAAAAAAGUGUAUGAUUGCCACCCUCCACUUUUCUUGUACAAAAGAUUUGACUUUUCAUAUUACUUUAUUAAACUGUAGAUAUUUUUCAGAUAUAAACAGAACUAGCCUUGUUUGAUUUCUAAUUAAAUGCUACUUCCAGAGUAUUAUCGCUUCUUCACUAAUACUCAAAGUCUAUCAAAGUAAUCAACUUAUGUAUAAGUUUCAAUUGUCAUACAACUGCGGAAUCAUGUCAUGUAAGUGAAUAAUUGAAACACUGGGUAUAUAUUGAUUAUAAAUCUAUUAAAUGUGAUAGGCCUUUAUAAAAAAAGUUUUUGAUAUUUGAUUACAAUCUAGUGUGAAAAAAUGAAGGCCUGCUUGAUUUGUGACAAUUAUUCCUCAUUUUUCUGUGGAGACAUUAUUUACGCACUUACUAAUUUUGUUUAUGACAUGAAUUACUGGAAUAUCUAUGAAUAGGAGUCUUAGGUAUUUUUUGCUAUAUAUUUUAUUUUGUACAUUGCAAUGAUUUUUACAUCAUCUCAAUUGAGUUUGAAGUACUUAAGUUAUGUAAGAGCUUAAUCAUGUAAUUUAAAUUAAAUGUUAUCCACUGUGUAGUUUGUAAUGAAUUGAAGAGACUUAGAAACAUACAUUGCAAGUUUUUAUUGGUAUUUUAUGAUUUGCUAGAUAUCUAGAAAAUGUUAUUUGGUAUACAUAUGAAUAUCUGGAGCUUUCAAAUUUCUCUUCCUCUCUCUCCCUCACCCCUCUCUCUCUCUCUCUCUCUCUCUCUCUCUCUCUCUCUCUCUCUCUCUCUUUUUCUCUCUCCCUUCGCAUUUCAAUGAUUACCAUUGUUAUUAAGCUAUAGAAGCACGAAUCAUAUAUUUCCAUCAUUAUGGACAAAACGUGGCUCUUUCUUAUAUAUGCUUUUUCAUGGAAGUGGUUGCAUUCACAAGUUUUUUCUUACUGCUGUCCCAAAUGAAAUCAAAGCAUACUUUUAUAUAUAUAUUGUUGAAUUGAGAGAGCAAUAGAGUUUCUGUAAAAAUACAGCUCCUUCCCAGCACUUUUUCCUUCUUUUUUCCAUUCAAAUAGUAUCCUACCAAGUAGACUACCAAUAUGAAAAAGAAAAUUGUAUUUAGUUCUAGUCAUUGUAUGUUUGGCAUGAUCUAGCAAUAGUCUAGUGGUAGUCUGGCAACCAACUUAGCAAUAGAUGAAACAGCUUAAUUCGUAUUGUUCCCAUUAACUGCAUGAGCAUGGUAUUUUGAACAUUGGGAGAAACAAUAAGUUUUCUUUUGAAAUAUAUCUUCUUGUUUCAAUGAUCUGUAAACCGUAUAUUCUUUCAUAAUAGAAUCAACUCUUGUUAUAUUUGUGGUGUGUGUGUUUGCUGGUAUUUGCAUAAAUAUUGCCCAAGACUAUAUCAUCUUGUCUUUUCUUCCUGUAAUUGUAUUCCAUAAUGUGUGGUUCAAAAGAAUCGUGUCGGUAUAAAGAUGUAACGUCCCCUUGAGCCUAUAGAAA